GUGAUCCCUGUGGAUUUAAGCCAGAAUUAUGGGGUUGUUUGACAAGCUAGCGGGAUGGCUUGGUUUGAAGAAAAAGGAGGUUCACGUUUUGUGCCUUGGCUUGGACAAUAGCGGCAAAACAACAAUCAUAAAUAAACUUAAACCAUCAAAUGCUCAAACUCAGGACAUAGUUCCAACAAUAGGAUUCAGUAUAGAGAAAUUCAAGACAUCGAGUUUGUCUUUCACAGUGUUUGAUAUGUCAGGUCAAGGAAAAUACAGAAACCUCUGGGAACAUUACUACAAAGAAGGCCAGGCCAUUAUUUUCGUCAUUGAUAGCAGUGACAAAUUAAGAAUGGUUGUGGCCAGAGAAGAACUUGACGUCCUUCUGAAUCAUCCAGAUAUUAAGCACCGUCGACUGCCCCUUCUCUUCUUUGCUAACAAAAUGGACCUCAGAGAUGCAAUAUCAUCUGUGAAAGUGUCUCAGUUACUGUCACUAGAAAACAUCAAAGACAAGCCCUGGCAUAUCUGUGCCAGUGAUGCUCUUAAAGGAGAAGGCUUACAAGAGGGUGUGGAUUGGCUGCAAGAUCAGAUCCAAGCAAUGAAGACAUGAGAGAGAAAUAAAAGAUGGACUGCGUUCUUUUAUGAACUUUGUCAAUAGGUGUACAAGUUCUGUGAAAAAGAAUGAUUUAAAGAAAACAAAGUUCAGCUAAAAUGUACUGUGUUGACUUGUUUCCUUUUAGUAUCUCUUCCAGGAAAAUUGAAGGUAGACAACAUAGCACCUCAGGUAUGCACAUUGAAUUAAAUGGAAUUGUGAUUGGGGAGCAUAU